GUGGGGCCAGGAGGAGGAGGAGGAAUGGGGGCGGGGGGGGUUCUAUAUAAAAGCUGCCAGAACACAAGUGGGGCUUUAUCCACGCUGUCCCGCUCUGGGUAACUGCUCCACCUCAGCCAGCUUCACCCUCUUCUCCCCUGAAAUGGCAGCAUCCUGGACGCAGGCAGCACGCGGGCCCUUCUCCACGCUCGCUCUCAUGCUGCUCGCCGCCUCGCUCCUAAACGCAGGGGUCGCAGCGCAGAAUGACGACGAUGGGCAGCAGAGCGUCUUUCCGGCGGCGCCAGGACAAACGGUUCCCGUUACCACUAAAGCUCCCAAGCCAACGGACCCCCAAACGGUGGUAACACCGACCAUCGACUCCCUAACAACCAAAACGACUGGAGAGAGCGCAGCAGCAUCACCAACGGCAACGGAAAAGGCCGAACAACAGGUCACAGAGACGGUUCCUGUCCAGACCGACCGCCGGGAGGAAGCAAAGGCCGCACCCCUCCCUCUGCCUGGCAGGGGCGACGGCCCCAACAACAAACCGCCGAUGGUGCCACAGGACGACGUCGUUUGCGUCAGCAAAGAAGCCGUCAAGGACAAAAACGGAGUCAGUCUAAAACUGGAGGCCUCCUCCGCCUGUAAAGACACCAAAGUGAAGAUUGAAAGUGUCCGGCAGGAGCUGUGCGGUGAAGACUGUAAGCUUUAUAUCUACCAAGAGGACGACUCCGACCAAAUCCUUGUGACUGGAAAAUACGUUGAAGAGGACGUUGCUGGCAUGGCUGGCAAGUUCAACAAUGACAACAUCAAAGAUAAGAUCGGCGUGCAGGAGGCGGCACCGCGCUGGGGGAGGAACUCCAAGCUGGUGCUGGUUUCCUUGCUGCUGACUGGCCUGUUGCUGGCUGCCCUGCUGGUAGCUGGUUAUUACCUCAAGACCCACCGCAGGACCUCCAAGGGAGUCCGACUGGCCGAAUCUUUCCAGGUGGACGAGGAGAACCAGGCCAACACCCUGGUGUCCGUGGCCCCUCUGCCCCAAGAGCCCCAGGAGCCCCAGGAGCCCCAGGACAAGCCCACCGCCAACGGGGAGCCCGCUGCGGAGAACGGGACCAGCCCGGCCCCCAACGGACACUCUGCCACCCAGACCCCAGUGGCCGACACCGAGAUGUAAGGGCCACCCGUUCAGACCAAUCAACCCCCCCGCCCCCCAGGUCACACUACCCAGAAGGCCCCUCUGCUGCGUCACAGACAAACGGAGACAAAUUCGACACAAAGCCUCCACAUACAUUUCCCCCCCCCCCCCUCCUGCACCUCUCUGGAAGACAAUGACAACGCCUGUAAUGUGAAUAGUUAGGGAUAGUUGGUGUCCACCAGAAGGAGCCCCCCCCCCCACACACACACACACACACACACACACACUGUGUUUGGACCGGCGCUGCUCAGAAGGACACGGAGUCGGGUCCUAACGAUCAUUGUCGAGUACACAACAUCACGCCAAAUACAGUGCUGUGAUUUCUGGAGAGGAAGCAGCAGAUGAUCCAGUUGAAUCCAAAGCGUUCAGACUGAUGUUGUUAUUGGUUACUAUUUGAUUUGUGAAAUGUUUGUUUUCUAAGCCUCGCUUUUUGCCUGAUUAGCGAAUUGGGAGAUGGACACAGAAGAAGGGAACAAGAUAAAUCUUGUAAUUAAAAAACGGAAAAUACCAUCUUUCAAAAGAAGCAAAAAAGAAGAAGUUGCCGUUGUUACUCAACUAGCAAAGAAAGCCGGCAUUCUUCUUUUGGAGCAUGAAAGGAAUCCGGCUGUCCAAAGCAUGGAAACCAUUAGCAGUGACCUCAGAGCUAAAUGAGCAACUAAACCUUGACAACAGCUGACCUCGGGUCAGAGUUUAAUAAGGAUAUGUUGUAAAGUACUCUUUUGUAUUAGUGUGAUGAUUUUACUAAUGAAAUCAGUGUACAGUUUUUUUUGUUGUUUCUGUUUUUUUAAACAAACUGCCUUCGAUUGCUGGAAAGCGUCUUUUUAUCCAGAGAAAAUGGGAGCUGGUGAACAACAACAACAACAACCCUGCCAGGAUAUUUCUCCACAACAACAACAAGAUUUCCUGAAAACGCCCUUUUCUCCUUGUUGAUAUGCAAACAUUUUUUCUACAUUGGCGGUACAGAUAUUUUUUUUUUUAGCUUCUCUUCUGAACAUCUGGCUGCUUUUUUGAUGUACUGCAUGUGUAAAUAUUCUCUCUGUUAAAUGCCUGACUCAUAAACUGUGAUUGUUGACAACGUC